UUUGUACCAAGAAGAGAUAAACGGAAGCCACUUCUGUUUACCGUUUGCACAAUGAGAUGGCAGGUUACACGAUAAUCUCCUCCACGAACUGGCAGGCUACGUCCGUCAGUUGAGUGCGUGAAUACAAUUUGGUAAAAGCGCAGUUUGGCAGCAAGGGGCAGGUACAGAAUGAAAAACGGUCCGAACGACCUGUGCGUCUACGUCGACCAGAAAGUCGCCGACGUUGCCAAGGAUGUUAUCGAGCACCAGGCCAUGGAUGAUGCCUUCUAUAUAUGCGACUUGAGAGACAUCGAGUACAAGGCAAGGAUGUGGUCUCAAGAAUUACCUAGAGUUACUCCUUACUUUGCUGUAAAGGCUUGCACGGAUGCUGUGGUUUUAUGGACCCUCAACUCCUUAGGCUUCAACUACGACUGCUCCAACAAGGUGGAAAUGAAUAUGGUUUUUGACAUGGGCGUCUCUCCGGACCGAAUCGUCUACGCAAACACAGUAAAGUGCUCUUCGCACUUACGCUUUGCAUUGGAGCACGGCGUCAACUUGAUAACAUUCGAUUCUGUGGAGGAACUGGAAAAGUUCAAGAACAAGGACGUCAGGCUACUCAUGAGGAUGGCUGCAAACGAGUAUGGCUCAAUGCAGAACAUGAACAAGAAAUAUGGGACGCAAUUCGACGAUGCGCGGAAGCUUCUGGAACUUGCGAAGUUCAUGGGCUUGGAAGUCGUCGGGCUCUCGUUUCAUGUCGGCUGCGCUUACAAGCAUCCACAGAUAUGGGCGAAUACGAUAGCCGAAUGCAGGGCUGUCUUCGACAUUGCCGAAGGAAUCGGCUUUACGAUGACCAUCCUGGACAUUGGAGGAGGGUUUCCUGGUGGAGUGCGUAAAAUGAAACGAUUUCAAGAGGUAUGUUUCACAAUCCGGACCGAGCUGGAGCGUCACUUUCCCGAAUCCAGCGGAGUAGAAAUUAUUGGCGAACCAGGUCAGUUCUUCGUCACUUCGGCCUACACACUGGCGACUAAAGUGGUCGGCAAACGCCGGCGAGACGUGGUUGUUGACGGUGUCUCCGUCCGUCAUGAGCACGUCUACAUCAAUGAAAGCAAGUACAACUGCAUUCCUAGGGACCUCUACCAAUAUUUAGAUAUUACGUACAGGCCUAUAAAGCCUCCUUACGACCGACCGGCAGACGUCCUGACCACCAUAUGGGGUGCGACGUGUAAUCCAAACGACUUUAUUCUGGAGAACACGCGUCUUUUCGAAGUCGACGUCGACGAAUGGCUGCUGAUGGACAACAUGGGCGCCUAUUCCUUGGUUCUUGCCUGCGGUUUCAACGGCUUCAGCCUUCCUCCCGUUAAGUACAUAGCUUCACCUGCUCGGGCAGCCGCUUUGGAGAAAGUGUUCAGGACGUGGCCCAUGCGACCGGGUUAUGGCCACUUCGUCCCCCUCAUGCGGCAGCAACCUGUCAAGGAAUGUCUUCGAGAGGACUACUCUGAGGAGUCCUGUCGCACUAACGGAGCCCUCAAGUCACUGCAGAGAUGAAGUCCUCAAUGGGAUACAGGAACAGUCUUCAAGCACCAACUGUCCUUGCUACAAAUGGAACCAUUUAUCGCUUUGCAUUCUACGACAAGCCAGUUGUAAUAAAGGCAGUACCACGCAA